AUGUCCUCCGCCUCCAAUCAGGAGGACUUCCCCAUCAGCCCUAAUCUCGGCACGGGGCUUCGUCUCUUCUUCUACUCGCAGUUCUUCGUCACCCCCCAGUGUCCAACCCACUCCUUUGCCAAGCAAACCGUGAUCGUCACCGGCGCCAACUCCGGGCUGGGCCUCGAAGCCGCCCAGCACUUCUACCGGCUCCACUGCGAUCGAUUGAUCCUCGCCGUACGCACAAUCGCCAAGGCCAAGAGGCCAAAGAGUAUAUUUUACGGGGCAACCCGCAGCGGUCCGAUCCGAAAGCCAUCGAGAUAUGGUCCCUCGACCUCUCGAGCACCACGUCGACACGGAACUGCCGCGGUUGGACGUUUUGUAAACAACGCCGGCAUCAAUCCGCCAGAGUGGAAGCUCUACGAGGACUAUGAGCAAGCUGUCCAGGUCAACGUCCUUAACACCUUUAUACUGGCGUUGUCCCUGUUGCCCAAGCUGGAAGCGAGUGCCGCGCUGGCGGAAAAGGAAUCACCGCCGCAUUUGGUGAUUGUGAGCUCCGAGGCGCAUCGGUUGACUAAGUUUCCGGAGAUUAAUGCGCCCGAUCUUUAUGCGAAGCUGAAUGAGAAGAGUAGUUUUAGUCAACAACCGAGAUACCAAGUCACCAAGCUCAUGGAAGUCCUCUUCACGCGUGAACUCGUCGCCCGCCUCGGUGCCUCCACCCGCGUGAUCGUCAAUAUCGUCAACCCUGGGCUAUGCACUUCCAACCUGGAGCGCAACAGCGGUGAAGCCCCCGUGGUCAUGCGCCUGGUGCGGCGUCUCUUGGAUCGCACCACGGAGGUCGGCAGCCGCACUCUCGUCCUCGGCGCGUCAGCGCCCGCCAGCUCGCACGGCGAGUUUCAGAGCGAUGGGGUGAACCAGGAUGUGGAGGCGUGGACCGAUACGGAGGUUGGACAGCGGGCGCAGAAGAAGGUGUUUGAGCAGACGCUGCGGAUUCUGGAGGUGAGGAGGCCAGGGAUUGCGUGUGAGGCGGGAUUGCGCGAGGUUUGA